AUGUGGUCGCGGGUGAUUUCGCGGAGAGAGCAGCACCCACUCAGCGCCAUAGUCAGCUCGAGCUCGUCGCACAGCAUCUGCAGCACCUUCCUCACCCCCGCCUCCCCCUCCGCUGCCAAGGAGAACAGGACUGGCCUCCCUAUCUGCAUCCCCAACAACAGAAGGUCAACUCCACAGGGCAGAAAGUCAACCAGGGAGAAAGGAGAUGGGGUGACGAUCAACUCACAAACACGCCGGAAGCUCCGAGCGCCAGCGCUUUGAAAACGUCGGUUCCACGACGGACACCGCCAUCGAGGAACACGGGAACUUGGCCCUGCGCAGCCUUCACGACCUGCAAGUGGGCGACCACCGCUCGGUCAACGACUGCAGCCACACAGCUAGAAUGGCGUCUGGUUAGAGAGAAAGUAGGAUAA